CCCCCACGCAUGCGCACUCACUGCGGCAGUUUCCACUAAAGAAAUCGGGACAAGAAACAAAACGGAACGGCGAUGGGACAAUUGUUAAUAAUACCAUUAAAUGUAUCCGCUAAAACAGCCAGUGUAACCGCUAACACCAAAAUUAUGGCAGUACAACUUGUGUGAGUGUUGCGUCACACGCGGUUGUUCAGGCGUAAAGGAAGAGGGAGAGAGUGGGGUUCAGUGUUAAAUAGGAAAUCGAGUCGGGCAGAGCAGCGACAGUUAUGGAAGCGUUUGGGUCGGCGAUGGAGAAGAACGUGGCGGAUUUAACGGUGAUGGACGUGUACGACAUAGCGGCUGUGGUGGGCCAGGAGUUUGAGCGGAUUAUAGAUCAGUACGGGUGUGAAGCUUUGGCCCGACUCAUGCCCAAAGUUGUGCGGGUUUUGGAGAUCCUGGAAGUGCUGGUGAGCCGCAACAGCAUCAGUCCGGAGACCGAGGAGCUGCGCCUGGAGCUGGAUAAACUCCGCCUGGAGCGACUGGACCGCCUGGAAAGGGAAAAGAAACACAAAAAGGAGCUGGAAUUGGUCGAGGAUGUGUGGCGAGGGGAAGCUCAAGACCUGUUGUCUCAAAUUGCCCAGCUGCAAGAGGAAAACAAGACCCUCCUCAACAACUUCUCAUUUAAGCACUGCCCAAUGACAGAAGAGGAUGUUCAGAGACAGGAAGGUAUGUCAGAAAGGGAGAGGCAAGUGAUGAAAAAGCUCAAGGAGGUAGUGGAUAAACAAAGGGACGAGAUUCGCGCCAAGGACCGAGAACUAACGCUGAAGAACGAAGACAUUGAAGCACUGCAACAGCAGCAGAACCGGCUGAUGAAGAUUAACCACGAUUUAAGGCAUAAGAUCACGGUGGUGGAGGCACAGGGAAAGGCUCUCAUUGAGCAGAAGGUAGAGCUCGAGGCGUUCGCACAGACCAGAGAGCAGGAGCUGACGAGCCUUAGACAAGAGGUGGCACGACUUAGAGAUCGUCUUCAAGGAGAGAAGAAAAGCCCUGAAUCCGAGGAGCCUCCUGCUCCACCAUCACCUGCACAGAAUUUACUCCCCGAGCACAUGCUAUUAUGCGACCCUCUGCUCUCCCUCGAUCCAUAUAACAACCAAGUGCUGACAUAUGAAGAUGAGGCGGAUGUCGAGGAUGAGAAUGAUGUGGAGGACGAUGAGGAAGAGGCUGUGUUGUUAUGGGAUGCCCUGUGUGAGGAAGACGCAGGUUUCGAUCCGAAAGAUCCGAACCGACCACGCUUCACUCUGCAAGAGUUGCGAGAUGUCCUGCACGAGAGAAAUGAGCUGAAGGCCAAAGUGUUCAUGCUGCAAGAGGAAAUUGCAUAUUAUAAAAGCGAGGAGCAAGAAGACGAUCCACACCCGCCCACUCUGGACCCUUCGCCCACGCUCAGGCCCCAAUCCCGAACUGGUGCCCAGCCAGAAUCAGGCAUAAAGCGCUUGUUUAGUUUCUUCUCCCGAGACAAGAGGCGCAGCUCGCAGAGAGGCAUGCUGCAGAUUGACGAUGGCUACAGCCCAUGGUCCCGCAAAGAUGACGUGUAUACAGAGCAAGCCCAGGAAGCUUUACAGCACAUGUAACCAAUUAAACACUGACAAAGCACAAUGACCCUCUAAUCGCUAACGCCUCUGGCAAUGUCAUGAGCAAUACCUACCAUACACUCCACUGUUACAGUCACGUUUCCCAGCAUUAGUGGAUAAAGACAAAGGGGAAUGGAACAGCAUAAACGUAGAUAAUGGCUACACUACCCUUCCAACGUUGACAUCUCUAAAAGUUGUCAGUCACUCUUCAUUUCAAGUUGUUUUAUAUGCAGGUUCGGUUGCCAGAUACCCAAGAUACUAUAUGCAAAAUGUGGUUGGUGAUAAGGAUCACAUUUGCAGUCAUGAAGAGAGCUGAGGAGGCCGUGUUGAUAUGCCUCGAGUAGUAUCUUGAUUAGGACACUUUAAUCAUGUUUGUAAAUUCAAAUCGAAUGAUGUGGUGCCUAGUGAAAGAUAAUCCAGGUUUAUUGUGAUAAAGGCUGCCAAUAAUAGGACGGUCAAUGAAAGUGGCUGCUUUUUUCUCCCUUUUUUUAACUGAAAUGUUUGCAUAGUAUUUGCACAGGGAUGUACAACAUAUGGAUAAGCGUGUUAUUCCUGAGUUCCGCUAAAGGAAUGAUAAAAAGAAAAAACAAUUCUGGGCAUUCCAGACUCUCACAAGACUCCCAUCAGCAAAUGUCCCAGAUCACCAGCUGUUCUGCAUUCUUAUGACGUGUGGUGCUUAUACUAGAGUUUUAGUGGAAGCAUGAAAAUGGCAACGCAGUUACAGUGACAUACUGACAAAAGCUUCUUUGUGAACAUGGAGUCCUUGCCAAUGAUUAUUGAAACAAAGUGUGUGUGUGUACAUAUAUACACACACACACACACUUGUAUAUCUGUAUGCAUUCAGUGUGUUUGAAAAAGAUUUCAGGAAUUCUGUAAUGAUGUAUGUCCCACAAUACAGAUCUUUAAUGAACAAUAAUGAAGAAUGCUGCAUAAUUUCAUCUCAUUGGCCAUUAAAAUAUUUUAUACAUGGCA